GACAACUAAUUAGUUGUAGUUGGAGUUCGACCCUUAUUGUUCUCCUAGUUAUAGAGUAACGAAACUCUGGAGUCUGGACUUGGACAGAGUUUACAAAGGCAGCUAUCUGGUGGUCCCCUUUUCAUUUUUAUUCAUUUUAUUGUUUUUAAAAUCUAAUCCCACAGGAAGGGAUUCGUUCGUGAACGUUUCUACAACAGUAACGGUUCCAUCAGAUCCUUGCUAAAAUCCAAACCUUCCUCAAUCUUCUUCUUCUUCCUAAUAAAACUCUUUUCGUAUUCCUUCAAACCGGCAAAAACAAUGGCAACCUCACUUAAAACAAAUCUUCAUCAGCCUUCUCUUUGUUGUGGGACAAAGCUUUACUUUGGUUUGAAGCUUCAAUCUGCCUGUUUUUUUGCAACUAGGAGACCAAACUUGAGUGCAGACUUCUAUGGCAGAGUUAAUAAGAGCCUCCAACGCGGAACACGAAAUUGUAAACCAACAAGGUCACGAGUAAGGAUGAUGUCUAUAGGAACUCCAAAAGUUCCCUAUAGUUUACCUGGUGAAGGAACUGGGCAAUGGGUUGAUAUAUGGAAUGUCAUAUACCAACAGCGUAUCAUCUUCAUUGGACGACGUAUAGAUGAGGAAUUUGGCAACCAAAUAUUGGCAAUAAUGUUAUACCUUGAUAUUAUUGAUGAUAAUAAGAGGCUUUAUUUUUACAUUAAUGGUCCUGGAGGAGAUUUUUCUCCAAGCUUGGCUAUCUAUGACACCAUGCAAAGCUUGAAGAGUCCUGUUGGCACCCACUGUGUAGGCUGUGCCUACAGUUUAGCAGGAUUCCUUCUUGCAGCUGGGGAUAAGGGUUAUCGCUUUGCAAAUCCCCUUUCAAGAAUCGCUCUGCAGUCUCCAGCUGGUGCAGCUCGUGGUGAGGUUGAUGAUAUUCUUAACGAAGCAAAUAAACUUCUUAUCACUGAGCUAGCUAAGAACACAGGCCAGUCCGUUGAGAAGAUUAACAAGGACUUGAGUAGGGUGAAACUCUUCAGUGCUCAAGAGGCUCUUGAAUAUGGACUUAUAGAUCGUAUAGCCAGCCCAACUCAUUUCAAGGCAGAUGCACCUCAUAAGGAUGCAGGAACAGGCCUCGUUGUUUCACAGAAAGUGUUGUAUCUGAAUGCUUUGAAGUUAAUGAUCCUGAUGACGUUUUCCGAAAGAGCUAACUUUAUUAACGUACAAGCUAUAUUAUGUGAAGAUUCUGUCUCAAAUACAUAACGAGUGGAUGGAUUUAUGUACAAAGUUCUGAUGGUCCCUAAUAUUGGACGCAUCAUUAAAGAGAAUGUUAAAAACAAAAGGUUUACAAUGAAAGCAGUCUGGUCU